AUGUCUUCCGAAUUCAAUAUUCUAACUCCGAAUGCCAUGCUCGGCUAUGGCUACCGGGCCGACCAUUUCUGGUAUGGAAUAGAGAAGUUCACCCCCAAGGCGAUCAUUGUUGACAGCGGGUCGACCGAUGGCGGGCCUUACAAGCUUGGCUUGAAUAAAAUGACCUGCGGCCGUGACUCUUAUCUUCGUGAUCUAACUCCUAUCCUUAAGGCCUGUUUCUACAAGAAGAUCCAGGUCCUGAUCGGUUCGGUUGGUGGUGAUGGCAGCAACAAGCAUGUCCAAGAGAUGUUCGAAAUCGUCCAAGAGAUCGCCACGAAGGAAGGCUUUUCCUUCAAGGUUGCGACUAUUAAUGCCGGAUUCCAAAGGGAUCUCUUAAAGAAGCGUAUUGUCGGUCAAAAGGUUGGCCCCUGCGGUCCUGUCGAAGAGUUGACUGUCGAAAGCGCAGAUCGCGCUAUCGACGUCGUUGCACAGAUGGGCGCAGAGCCCUUCCUUAAAGCUUUGGAGAUGAAGCCUGAUAUUAUUCUUGGAGGUCGCUGCUAUGAUCCUGCGCCUUUCGCUGCCUUCUCUAUGUAUCACGGUGUACGCCCCGGCGUCGCCUGGCAUAUGGGAAAGAUUAUGGAGUGUGGUGGUAUCUGCGCACUGCCAAAGGGACGCUCAAUGAUUGCCACGAUGCGAGAGGAUUCUUUCGACUUGACUCCAUUAUCGCCCAAGGAGAGGUGUACUCCCCUCUCAGUUGCCGCCCACACGUUGUAUGAAAAGACACGGCCUGAUCGCUUGCCUGGCCCCGGUGGAGUCCUCAUUCUUGAUAAAGCCUCUUAUGAGCAGUUAACAGAGAAGACUGUGCGUGUCAGCGGUGCUGAAUUUAAGCAUACGCCGGUAUAUCAAGUGAAGUUAGAGGGCGUUGAGAAGCUUGGAUACCGCACGAUCUUUAUUGGUGGUAUUCGCGACCCUAUUCUCAUCAGUCAGAUUGACUCUUUCCUUGCGGAUGUGCGUGCCUAUACUAAGAACCUAUUCCCCGAAUUGGAUAAUUCCCCACAGUGCCAGAUGCUUUUCCACUUCUAUGGCCGUAACGGGACUAUGGGCCCGAUCGAGCCUACUCCAGUCGCUGGGCAUGACCUUGGUAUUCUUGGUGAGGUUAUUGCACCCUCCCAGGAGCUCUCAUAUACCAUUGCCAAUAAUGCCCGCGCUUCUAUUCUGCACAUUCCUUAUAAGAACCAGGUCGCAACAACUGGCAACUUUGCGUCUCCCCUCUCUCCUCAUGAGACUGCUGCUGGCCCUGUUUUCCGCUUUAACGUCUACCAUCUUGUCAAUCUUGAAGCUGAUGAAGAGACCAACCUAUUCCCUGUCACCAUCAACACGGUCACAAAUACCCCUCCACCCUCUGAGAAUGCAGCGACGCUUGGACUUUCCGACUCUGACAGACAAGUAUUACUCUCGGAACCCCUCGAACCCUUGCGCUUCAAGCCAGUGCCCCAAGGAGAGUGCCAAAUGAUGGAUAUCGCCAAGAUCAUCAGAUCCAAGAACUCGGGUCCCUUUGAGAUGACCUUUGAUAUCAUGUUUGACACCCAGGAAGCCUACCAGCGUGUCAAGGGAGCCAACGUCCUGACCGAUGACCUCAUUAUGUCAUUGUACCACCUCAAGUCUGAGGACAUCAUCGUCAAUAUGUUCUUUGAACCUGCAUUGGCAUGGAAGUGCACUAUCCGUCGACCUUGGGAACAGGGAACGGUUGGAGAGCGCGACACACUUGGCACUCAGCAACAUGGCCCCCUUUUGACCAUUAAGGUCCCGGCCGCUUUGGCCCAAAAGGCCGAGGCUGAGUCAAGCCUGGUUGCUCGGGAUCGCACUCAGUUUUCGGCCAACGACAGCGUUGACUAUCUCUGGAAGGCGCUAGGUCUCCCUGUUGGAUCCCCCGAGAAGCUCCAGCUCACUGGCAAUGGCCUGGGUUUGCCUUCUUCUUUCAAGAUCGCCCACAUUGCACAGGCUUCUAUUGGUCUGUCAGCUUUACUAGCCGCGCAACUCUAUGCUCUUCGCACUUCAUCUUCUUCUGUGCCUAAGGUGACGGUUAGCCUGGAGCACGCCUCGGUUGAGUUUAAGUCUGAGAGAUUAUAUACCCUGGCAGGUAAACCCGCCCCUUCGCCAUGGGGACCCGUUGGUGGCUUGCACAAGACCUCUGAUGGAUAUGUGCGCGUGCACGACUCUUUCCCUCACCACCGUGACGGCGCUCUGGCCUUGGUUGGCUGCGAGCCGAAUGCCAGCCGUGCUGAGCUCGCAGAGAAAAUCAAGAACUGGUGCUCGGUCGACCUUGAGGCUGCUGCUUUUGACAACCGCCUUGUCAUUUCCGCACUGCGAUCCUAUUCCCAGUGGGACGUUCUCCCUCAGGCCCAGAAGAUUACUGACCUCCCUAUCACUCUUCGAAAGCUGUCUGAUGGCCCGGUUGGUCUGCCUUCAUCUAUGCAAUCGCAAUCCGACAAGGCCCUUCGGGGCCUGCGUGUCCUUGAACUUUCUCGCGUGAUUGCCGCGCCUCUUUCUGGAAGAACUCUCUCUGCCCACGGUGCUGAUGUUCUCUGGAUUACUAGCCCUAACCUUCCUGAUCUUCCUACCAUGGAUCGUGACUUUGGCCGUGGCAAGCGUACAAUUCAGCUAAAUCUGGACAUGCAAUCGGAUCAGAAUGAGUUGUCGCGACUCCUUGAGGACGCCCACGUUUUCGUUCAGGGCUUCCGCCCUGGGGGUGUUGCUUACCGCGGUUUCUCGCCUGAUGCUCUGGCUAAGCGAUUCCAACACCGCAACAUCAUUUGUGCCAACAUGUCUGCCUAUGGCCCUGACGGUCCGUGGUCAGACAAGCGCGGCUUUGACUCUCUUAUCCAAACCUGCUCUGGCAUGAACGUGUCUGAGGCCGAACACUACGGUGCUGGCGAAGCGGCCCGUCCCACUCCUUGCCAGGCCUUAGAUCACGCCGGAGGCUACUUCCUCGCCGCUGGCAUCGAGGCCGCACUGUGCAAGCAGGCCACAGAGGGUGGUUCUUGGCAGGUUGACGUGUCUCUGGCAGGUGUCAUGAAGUAUCUGCGAUCUCUGGGUCAAUUCGAAGGAAAGUCGGGCUUCAACACCCGCGAUUUCACCUGCACCAAGGACGUCCCGCCAGAGUACCUGGAGACACGGGAAACUGGAUUUGGUGAGAUGACCUAUGUUCGCCACUCUGCUUCCAUUGAAGGAGUCAAUGUUGGUUGGGAUGUUAUGCCCAAGCCCCUUGGCUCUGAUGAGAGAAAGUGGCUGUAG